AUGGCAGGGAAAAAUAAUGCCUCGGGGGAAGGUCAUACCCCUAAGACAAAGAAACAACCCCCACCACCUCCGUUCUACAUCCCCCUCAAUAUCGCCCUCUACAUCUUCCUAGCUGCCAACUGUCUGGCCGCAUUCUACGCUCCAAUCCAGGAUUGCGAUGAGGUUUUCAAUUUCUGGGAACCUGCGCACUACUUACAGCAUGGAUAUGGCCUCCAAACAUGGGAAUAUUCGCCGGUUUACUCCAUCCGUAGCUGGCUCUACGUCUCGCUGCAUGCUAUUGUAGGAAAACUGGGAUCAAUGUUCGUCCACAGCAAGACCGCUGAAUUCUACACAAUCCGAGUUUUCCUCGCCUUUGUCUGCUCUGCUUGUCAGACUCGACUAUACUCUGCAAUUUGCCGCACUCUCAGCCCUCGCAUCGGUCUAUUGUUUUUGAUGGUUGUCAUAUUUAGCCCGGGCAUGUUCCAUGCUUCAACCGCCUUUUUGCCAUCCACUUUCACCAUGUAUAUGUCAAUUCUUGGCUUGGCAGCUUUCCUGGACUGGAAGAACGCCCAAAGAGCGGCACAUGGCAUCAUGUGGUUUGGUCUGGGCACCAUUGUCGGGUGGCCGUUCGCAGGCGCCCUCAUUGUCCCUCUUUUGGCCGAAGAAGUUAUUCUUACUCUUACCUCUGGGUCCAUGGUCAAUCUCUUUUGGACGAUUGCCGAUGGGCUCAUUGGUUGUCUCGGCAUUCUGGCCGUUGAGGUUGCAGUCGACUAUGCUUUCUUCAAAAGGUUUGCUCUGGUGCCCUGGAACAUUGUUGCUUAUAAUAUUUUGGGUGGAGAGGGUAAAGGACCAGACAUCUUCGGAACAGAGCCAUGGACUUUCUACAUUCGAAACCUCCUUCUCAACUUCAAUGUCUGGUUUGCGCUCGCUAUGCUAUCGGCGCCCUUCUUGGUUUUCCAAAUCGCAUUCCGAUCUCACACUACCUCGUUACAAACUUCGUUGCGAUCCUUGUCCUUGGUUGCCCCGUUCUACAUGUGGUUAGGGAUCUUCACGCUCCAGCCUCACAAGGAAGAGCGAUUCAUGUACCCAGCGUACCCGUUCCUGGCACUGAGCGCGGCCCUUUCAUUCCACAUCAUCUUGACCUACCUCGGCUCCACUGACCGAAAGGAACUGGUCGGCCGUAUUCCAACCAAGUUCAAGAUUACUGCAGCAUUGUCGGUGGUCCUCAUUGCGCUUAACGCAGGAAUGUUGCGCACCCUGGGUAUGGUCACAGCAUACAAUGCUCCACUGAAGAUCUAUGAGCCUCUGCAGGACAUUGCUGUCACACAAAGAGAAGAUACUGUUUGUUUCGGUAAGGAGUGGUAUCGAUUCCCCUCGUCAUACUUCCUCCCCCACGACUUGCGUGCCAAGUUCAUUCAAAGUGAGUUCCGCGGAUUGCUCCCGGGCGAGUUCCCAGAUGCGCCAAGCUACCUCGAGCGGCUGGGAGGAGCAUCGCAGAUUCCGUCAGGCAUGAACGACCUCAACAUUGAGGAUCCCAGUAAAUACGUCGAUAUCUCUCAAUGUUCCUUCCUGGUUGACUCUCACUUCCCUGGCCAUGAUGCGACCGAGCUCGAACCUCAUUAUGCCCUGGACAAGGAUAACUGGGAAACAUUAUCAUGCGCAAGCUUCCUUGACUCGUCUCAAACUGGGCUGUUGGGUCGCUUGAUUUGGAUUCCCAAUCUCCCGAUUAUUCCUGAUCGCUUCCAACGCAAAUGGGGCGAUUACUGCCUUCUUCAGCGAACUAGUGCCAAAAACAUUGUAUAG